AUGCAUGGACAAUUCUCAGGUCCAGGUCGACCACUCCCUCCAGAGUGUGGUGGAUAUCCUCUGGGAGCUUCUCAACAGUCGAAUUCCUCCAUGCUGUCCCAUAGCGGCCCUUUACCCUCAAAUCGAAUGGGUCUUUCCUCCAGCUCAGUCUCCCAGAUGGGCCCGUCGGUUGGAGGAUACAUGUGCAGCAAAGGUUCCAAACAACCCCUCUGCCACCCGUCGCAAGACUUUGGAAUGGCGAUGCAGCCUGGACAGAGCAUGAUGGGAAUGGGUGGCCCUCCACGUCAACCGCUACACCCGGCUCACGCUGUGACGCGACCAGGAAUGCCAUGUCCAAACCUACCAGGCGGUCCUGUGCCGACCCACCACCUGCGGCAGGUGCUGCACCAAGGCGGAGCUCUUCAGUCACAUAUGAUGUUCCCAUCUCAGCAACAGCAGCCCACCUCACAGUCCCAGCUCUGGCAGCACCAACAAGGGGUGCAACCACAUAUGGACCCUGUGAACCACCAACAUCCCUUCCUCGCCGGAGGAGCCCUACCUGGAUGCCGAGGUCCUCAGUUUCCACAGCGAUCCGGCAUGGCAGGUAUGCCAGCCAACUUCCCUGGUUCCCUUCCUCCUGCAAAUCAAGUAGCCCCUGGUUUGGUUAGCAGACAGGACCAGAAGAUGCCCACCACCCAGCCACUAUCCUCCAUGUCCCAACAGAAUUUCAGAAUGCGAGGUCCUCUCUCCGCUCUAGCUGUUAUGAAACCAGGAGGACCGUCCAUGAUGCACCCUGCCCAUGGGAUGGCGCCUCCUAGUUACCAGACUGCUUCCGCAGGGAAACACUGUUCACCGCAGUGCUACAACCCCGGAGAUAAACUGCCUUCCUAUGACUACACACCACAGCAUCAGAGCAAUGGGGCGAUGGCAGCGAGGCUACAAGGACCUGGAGGGGGAGGUGGUCGCGGUGUGGAAGUGGACUUCAUAGACACUCUGGUGGGCAACAACGAAGACUGGCUGAACAAUCUCACCAUGAUUGAUGAAUACCUUGAGCAAAACUCAUAGGGACUGAUCAAGAGUGUCCUAGGUUUGAAAAUCACUACACACAGUGCCAGAAUGGGGCCGUGGGGUCAUCGCUCUGUAAAGGCACGUUCACACCAAGAGCGCUAACUAUAACAAGAACUAUAUUAGUGUCCACACCAACGGACGAUAAUAUUCUGUUCCUUAUAAGCUUGCAGCUACAUUGUCUGCUGUUGUAAGACCCUGACUUUUCUGAACUUUUCUGGAAAGUUCGCUUUGGCAAGCUGUUUCAAACUCCAAACAAACUUUGUUUUGGCCUAAUUUUGUUCUAAAUAACGAAGUAUAUUAGGUCCUUUAAAUACGUAAGCUCUUUAAACUUGUGUGGUAUCUGAUUGGCUUAAAAAAACUUUUUAGUUUAUCAUUAUAGUUAUCAUCUUUGGUGUGAACGAACCUUAAAGUCUUAAAGCGUUUUUUUCUCAUGGCUAGCAUUAGUGAGAAUGUAUCAGUGGAAAUGAGGCACUGCUAAACCUCCUGAAAUGACUUUGGCCGUCAUUAAACUGGCUUAUAUUAUAAGAUGCCCUUUCCUUUUCUCUAUGGUUGCUCUUCCAGUGCUCUCUGCGCUGUUUUAGGAUAAUAUUGUAAUUAUUGUCAAAUGUAUUAUGGAGUGAAACACUGAUUGAUGAAAACAUGGGCUUUGCUCAGCAGUGUAAAGAAAGUUCUCAUUCAGUUAAAGGGGUAGUUCACCCAAAAAGGACAAUUCUGUCAUCGUUUACUUACCCCCAUGUCGUUCUAA